AGUGAAUGGAUGUAAAUAUUUGGUUAACUGUAAUGUAUUUUGUAUAUCAUUUUUUAAGGCCCAAAAUUGCACGUCAUAAAAAUCCAAAGUGUAAAUCGAAAGAACAAUUUGAUAUAGCACAAUUGCAGGGACUACUAAGCGAUCUAAAAAAACUGUGGCCAUUUUUGAAAAAUUACAGCUAUCCAGCUGUAUUUUGGAAAUAUGAAUUUGACAUACAUGGCAGGUGUGCACUACAGGACCCUCUAAUCGGUAAUCAAUAUCGGUACUUCAAAUUUGGUAUUGACGAGAUGAAAAAACUGAAACUACUGGAUAAUCUGAAAAAACAUGGUAUCACACCGCAUGCUUCCAUGAAAUAUGAUGCAAGCGAUUUUCAGAACGUACUGAAGAAAGAAUACGGUCACCAUGGUUUCUUGAAGUGCACCAAUGUAAUCGGACAGAGUGGAGUGCGUCUCCUGGAAGAGGUGAGGAUUUGCUUCAAUCUUACACAUCAUUACGUGGACUGCCAUUCCCUCGGCGACUGUCCAAAUCAGUUCGUAUUCCCUCCAUAUUGAUUACUGCGUAAAUUUGUUACAGUUAAACCUAUGUUUAAUAAUAAAGUUGAAACGUGUCUA